CGAGACCGCCGGCAGCCGCCUUGGAUUUGCCUUUGUCAACCCCAGCAGUAUAGGUCUCAGUUUGAGACAAUUCUUUAUUUCUGCAAACAAUGUCCGGGUAAGCCGUCGGAUAUACGGCUUCGGUGAUCCACGGAAUAGACCGCAUCCAUGCUGCAGGUCAAACAAGCCAAGAGGGCUAUUACUACAUAGCGCGGCUCUAGGCACCCAGAUUCUGGCUCCGUCUUUCACGCUAACGAACUCUGGAUAAUGCCGACGUAAGAAUUAUAAGCGUCGAAUGACUGCAUGAGUAGCGCAAUCCGAGGAAAAACACAUGGCCGCCAAAGGCGCUCAAGUGCCGCAGAACUGCACCUUGCCGUUCCCCGCCAUUCGAUCGAACCAAAUGUGGAGAGUAGGAUGGAAGUGGCGGUUCUGGCGAAUAAUCCACUAAUCACAACCCUUGAUCGUGAAGCUAUCCCAGACGAUGAUACUCUACAGCUUACGGAGGGGCUGAAAUCGACUCGUUGCUACGCUUUCCAGUGAUGUCGAUGGCCAAUCUUGGGCCAUUACGGGCAGCAUGCACGAUGUCAUUGGGGGAAACAGAGCGCUUAGCUCCGUCUAGUAUUGGUCUCGGGCCCUGCACCGCAAUUGUCUAUCCGUACAUGUUUUUAUUUACGCUAUUGACUAUAAAUUGGCUACUCAUUCCCCUCGAGGUUUUCUUUUAACAGUCACUUUCGUUUUUACCACUUUUUCCUUUGACGCCCCCAACAUCUCCACAACCUCUACUACCUCCACCACCCGCAAUCACACGCCACAAUGAAGACCUCUACAACUAUCGCCACCAUCGCAUCUAUUUUUGCUGGUGUUUCUACAGCCUGCAAUAUCUCAGGAGACUACGAAGUCACGUUCUACGGUUGGCCCGAUAACUCCCCACCUGGUGCUGGUGUUGCUCACAACUGUGGUGGCCGCAACUACAAGGCUGGUGGUACCGGUUCCUACGAUGACCCCGUCACCAUUGCUACCGCCCCUGGCGAGCUCAAGACCUGCGAGAUUGUCUACCUCCCCUUCUUGACCAAGUACGGUCGUUACGAGGAUGACUGCGAGCAGUGCACUUCGGACUACAAGAACGGCAAGCUCCACAUUGAUAUCUGGACCGGUUCCAACUCCAAGAGCGGUGGCCAGAACCAGAUCAACUGCGAGAAUAACCUUACCCCUGGUGGCAAGUACAAGAUUGUCCGCGACCCCCCCAAGAACUACGGUGUCAACACCGCUCCUCUCUUCAGCCCUCCCAACACCUGCAACACCAAGAACGUUUACCCCACCAACGCCGCUCACUGCUAAAUGUUGGUUUGAGCCAUUGCUAGUAGCAGCUAUCUUGACGGUUUGCUACACAGCAUUGUGUACUGGUACGGGACUAAUCGCGGUUUCGUCGCUUCUAAGCAUUCUUCUGCAGCAAGAUGCCCAAGUUGCCAUGAGACUACGUCGUAUAUAUAGUAACGAAUAUAAAUGGACAUAUUUAACAAAGAGAG